GCCGGUGCCCGUCCUGGUCCUGCCGGGUCCACUCCCAGAGAGAGGUCGGUCUGGGCUGGGCAGGACUCCUGGCCUGGUAAUGGGAACACUGGUCUGAGCUCUGCAAGGGGACCCCCGAGCGCAGAACGAGAGAUUCAUAUCGCCCAGCUGAGGACAAGGAAGAAUAAACCGGAGCCGAUCCACGUCCAUCCCACGGGAGUGCUCCUGGGAGGCUUGUCGCCUUGCAGGAGAGAGGAUGGCUCAGGAAACAAACCAAACCCAGGUGCCUCUGUUGUGUACCACAGGCUGUGGAUUUUAUGGCAGCCCCCGGACCAACGGGAUGUGCUCUGUUUGCUAUAAGGAGUUUCUGCAGAGACAGCAGAGCAGUGACCGGAUAAGCCCCCCAGCACCCAGUGGGCCCAACAGCAGCCCCAUGGCUUCAGAUUCAAUUGCGGGGCAGCAUGCAGAGGGAGACUCCACACCUGAGGAUGCGAAAGCCAGUGCUCAGACUCCUGUGACCCAUCAGAUGACGGCCAUGAGCAUAUCCCGAGAAGAAAACAGCAGUGAGACAGAAGAAUUCGUCAAGACAGAAGAAGCUGCAACAGCAUCUUCCUCAUCAGGUACCCUGCUUGAAAUAUCCCAGAACACAACUGAGGGCAAGACAGCUUCAGAAAAACCGAAACAGAAGAAGAAUCGCUGCUUCACUUGCCGGAAGAAGAUAGGGCUAACUGGUAAGACCCUGCCUGUGGGGAAGCUUGCCGGUGGCCUAAGUAGUCUGGUUUCCUAG